AUGUCUCUCCCCACCAGUGGCCCAGAAAUUCCACACAUUAUCACCACUGACCUUUCGUCGUCUUUUGACCUGGACGAACAUGCCGACCGUUCCCACGCAGAUUCCCUUCCUCCUCCCUCUGAUGCCAGCGCGCUAGGCGCUCUCGCGCCGCUGCUUUCCGACCACAAACAGCAUUUGUCUUCCCCGACACAGUUUUUGUCUCCCGCGCCCAUCCCGCGGGCUUCUUCCGGCUCCUCUUUCGAGGCUUCCUACUCGCCGACGCUGUCCCCUACUCUGGACAACCGCUCGCCGUCUCCCUCCUAUGCUGGCUCAGUUGAGGGGUCCUCGUCAAACACGCACGUACCGCCUUCGCCCACCCUGUCCCACGUCUCAUCUGCAAAUUUCAGCAACUCGCCUGUGCAACGGGACACCAAGCAGGAUAGGGACUCGCGCGGCUUCCUCUCGCCACCCACUCAACCCCGCAAACAUGGCCGCAGCAGCAGUGCCGCAAGCGCCAUUUCGCUAGGCUCAGCCGACGGCGCAGAGCCUGAACCUCCUAUCCUUGAGUAUCAUCUGCAGCCACUCAAACUGCCGCAGUCACCGUACGAGCCUGCGCCGGCAUCGCCGACGCACUCGCACUUCGACCGCGCAUCAGAAUUUGACGGGACUACCGUCCGCUCUCGUUCGGGCUCGGCGCACAGCCGCCAGAAGCUUCUAGGCGCCUCGUCCCAUUCACAUUCGGACGAGCAGCUCGCGGAUGCACAGCAUCCGGUGGCAGGCAUAAGCGGCCACAUCAGUGGCGAGCCGCCGGAGAACCCGGCGGGUCCUGAAGCAGAGGACGAGGAGCCCACUCACGUUGAACUUGACCUGUCGGCGGACGACGAUGUCGACACCGGGCCGUUUGAGUUCAAGCCUGUGCACCUUGCGGCGCUCGUCGACCCCAAGUCGCUCGAGCAGCUCGAGGAGAUGGGCGGCAUCAAGGGUCUUCUCAGGGGUCUCGGGACGGACGCGAAGCGCGGUCUGUCCGCGCAUGCGCUCGAUCUGACAGAGGAGCAGGCGCAUUUUGGGCGCCCCGCGUCGCCGGUAAGUAAGGCACACGAUGACAGACCCGGUGCGGGUACGCAUCCGGGCGCAGGUGAGGGUGCGAGUCAGAGACACGACCGACAACCGAAUCCCGGUGGACGUGGCAGGAAGAGGAAUGAUGUGCCAGGGAUUGUGGUCACGGGACCAGCGAGCGAGGUGGACCUUAGCGCAAAGCAGAGCGUGAAGAGCGUGACAGAGGUGACUGAGGAGGAGGGAGAAGAACCGUGGCAGAAGGGCAAGGCGUACGAAGCGACCUUGGAGGAAAGGAAACGUGUUUACGGCGAGAAUGUCUUGCCGAUACGCAAAACGAAAAGCCUGCUGGAGCUGAUGUGGCUGGCCAUGAAGGACAAAGUUUUGAUACUGUUGACCAUUGCAGCAGUAGUUUCUCUUGCGUUGGGUUUAUUUGAGGACUUUGGGACUCCGAGAGAGCCGGGCCAGCCCCCGGUUGAUUGGGUGGAAGGUGUUGCCAUUGUCAUCGCCAUUGUCAUCGUUGUCUCCGUCGGGUCCGUAAACGACUGGCAGAAGGAGCGGCAGUUUCAAGCGCUGAAUGAGAAGAAGGAGGAGCGCGGCGUGAAGGUGAUCCGCGCCGGCGAGGAGCGCGUGGUCGAUGUUCACGAGGUCGUCGUUGGCGACGUCGCGCUCGUGGAGCCAGGGGAGAUCAUCCCCUGCGACGGUGUCUUCCUCAGCGGCCACAACGUGCGGUGCGACGAGUCGGGAGCGACGGGCGAGAGCGAUGCGAUCCGCAAGAUCAGCUACGAUGAGGCGAUUGCGAUGAGGAACGAGAGAAUGCACGGCGAGUCUGGCCCUGUGGCGCACGGACACCAUCAUCAGGGGCACUCGGACUGCUUCAUGGUGAGUGGGAGUAAGGUGCUAGAGGGCUAUGGUAGCUAUGUCGUGAUCGCGGUGGGCACGAAGAGUUUCAAUGGGCGCAUCAUGAUGGCGCUUCGCGGAGACACGGAGAAUACCCCGCUGCAGCUGAAGUUGAACGAUCUUGCGGAGUUGAUUGCGAAAGCGGGGAGCGCGGCUGGUUUGUUGCUGUUCAUCGCGCUCAUGAUCAAGUUCUUUGUGCAACUUGGGACGAAUAAUCCGCCUCGCACGGCAAACCAGAAGGGUAUUGCGUUUGUGGACAUACUCAUUAUCUCUGUCACGCUUGUGGUCGUCGCUGUUCCAGAAGGUCUGCCGCUGGCGGUUACGCUGGCACUGGCAUUUGCUACGAAGCGGAUGACGAAGGAGAACUUGCUGGUGCGGGUGCUCGGCUCGUGCGAGACGAUGGCGAAUGCGAGCGUAGUGUGCACGGACAAGACUGGCACGCUCACGCAGAACAGCAUGACGAUCGUUACGGGCACGAUAGGCAUCCAUUGCAAGUUCGUGAAGCGGUUCGAGGAGAACCCGGCGCGCGCGAACGUGGACGCCGAGGCUGGGGACUUUGCGAUCGACCAGACCGAGCUGAACGACGUGCUCUCCGAGCCGAUGGUUGAGCUGCUCAACGACGCGAUUGCGGUCAACUCGACCGCGUUUGAGGACGCGGACCCGGAGACGGGCGUGAUGGCGUUUGUUGGGAGCAAGACGGAGACGGCGUUGCUCAAGUUUGCGAAGGAGAAUGAGUGGGCGGACUACAAGCAGACGCGGGAUGCGGCCGAGAUCAUACAGAUGAUACCAUUCUCGAGCGCACGCAAGGCGAUGGGCGUCGUCGUGCGUCUGCCGGAUGGCCGGUACAGGUUGCAUCUUAAGGGUGCAAGCGAGAUUUUGACCAAGCGAUGCUCGAGGUAUGUUGUGGUUGAGCGGGGCGGUAAGGGCCCCGAUGUCGAUGCGCUGGAGACGAGGGAGGUGGAUGAGAAGGCUGGGGAGGGGAUCGCGCGGACGACGGUGUUUUAUGCGGAGCAGAUGCUCCGCGCCAUCGCGCUGUGCUAUCGCGACUUUGACAUCUGGCCGCCGAAAGGCGCGAGGUAUACUGCCAUAGACGAGGUUGAGUAUGAGGACCUUGCAAAGGAGCUUACGCUUAUUGGGAUAGUCGGCAUCGAAGAUCCUCUGCGUGAGGGCGUUCGAGAUGCUGUUGCGGAUUGCCACAAGGCUGGCGUCACCGUUAAGAUGUGCACUGGCGAUAACAUACUUACGGCAAAGUCUAUCGCGCAACAGUGUGGUAUCCUUACCCCCGGCGGUGUUGUCUUGGAUGGCCCAUCGUUCCGGAAGCUGAAUGACCAACAGCUGCUUGCAACGGUACCGAAGCUGCAGGUGUUGGCUCGCUCGUCGCCGGAGGACAAGAAGCUGCUCGUCGAGAAGCUGCGUGAGCUUGGUGAGAUCGUCGGCGUCACUGGUGAUGGCACGAACGAUGGACCUGCGCUCAAGACGGCCGACGUUGGCUUCUCCAUGGGCAUUGCUGGGACCGAGGUCGCAAAGGAAGCGUCAGACAUCAUCCUGAUGGACGAUAACUUUGCGUCUAUCGUCAAGGCUAUCAUGUGGGGUCGUUGCGUGAACGAUGCGGUGCGUAAGUUCCUGCAGUUCCAGAUCUCGACGAACAUCACCGCCGUGGUCAUCACGUUCGUCUCUACCAUCGCGUCUGGCUCGGAAUCUCCGGUUUUAACUGCGGUGCAAUUGCUUUGGAUCAACAUUAUCAUGGAUACUUUCGCUGCGCUCGCGCUGGCAACGGACCCCGCGUCACCGGAGCUGCUGGACCGCAAGCCGGACAAGAAGACGGCUCCGCUGUUUAGCGUGGAUAUGUACAAGCAAAUCAUUGGGCAGUCGAUAUACCAGAUUGUGAUAGUGCUGCUGUUCCAUUUCCUGGGCGAUCAGAUAUUUGCCUUUGACCCUUCGGCGGACGAGACGAACAUUCAGACGGUGGUGUUCAACAUAUUUGUGUUUGCCCAAAUCUCAAACUCGUUCAAUUGCCGGCGCUUGGACAACCACCUCAAUAUCUUUGAGGGUAUUUCGCGGAAUUAUUACUUCAUUGGAAUCACUCUUAUCGAGAUCGCUGGCCAGGUCUUGAUCGUCUUCGUCGGCGGCGACGCGUUCUCGGUAGAACGUAUCGAUGGUGCGGAAUGGGGUAUCAGUCUCGCUCUUGGAUUUGUGUCCAUCCCGCUUGGCGCCCUCAUCCGUCUCAUACCGAACAAGCCGAUCGAACGCUUCUUUAUCUUCAUUCAUCUCUUGCCUAAUCCUGAAGUCCUCCCGACGAAACGUCCCGAGGGCGACUGGAAUGCGGCAUACGAGAUCGUGCGGGAUAACCUCAGCACGUUCGCGCAGGUUCGCGGUGGACGGAUGCGUGCCUCGUCUUAUGUGGGCAAGAGUCGUAAGGCUCGCCCUCCGCCGGAGGCUCAAUUGACUAUGCCUUCUAUUAUGACUAUGGUGCCCACCUUCAUUGCCUCUUCAGUUGGUGCUGGAUGGACCCCGCCGAUGCGGACGAGUCUGUCAGACUCUCCUCAACGCCGUUCACGCAGAUCUAUAUUCUUUGCAGGCCGUUCGCACAAUCAUUCCGGCAGUCUGGCCGAUACCCCUGCCAUUCAACGCUUAGGCUCACGACAAUGA